AUGCCACCCAACACCUCGAGAUACCAACACACUACUGAGGAUGCAACUCACAUUCCACCAAACGAAUCGCUCAAUCAGCUCAUUGAAGCAACUCCUUUUAUUGAUUACGAAGUCGCCAGCUCAAGUCUUUUUGACGGUGCCUUCACCAUUGUCUCGACGAUCUUUCCUUCUUGGCAACGACAAGAUCUCAAGCUUGUUCAGUGCAAGGAUGGUAUCACCAACCAAUUGGUCAAAGUAACCCAUUUACCAACCGAUUUCUCGGUGCUUGUUCGAGCAUUUGGAAGAGACUCUGAAAUCCUAAUUGAUCGAAAGCAAGAAAUCAUCAAUCUCGUGACCUUAUCAGCACAAGGCCUGUGUCCUCCAUUGUAUGCUCGGUUUCGGAACGGCUUGAUGUAUGGAUUCAUUAAAGGACGAGUAUCCACGGCAGAUCAGUUGUCACUCCCACGAGAAGCAUCAUGGAUCGCGAAAAAGUUGGCUAAAUGGCACAAGGUUCGUCUGCCACAGGGCCAAGAUGACAAGGGUGAGCCCAAGCAAAUGUUGUGGCAUACGUUGCGUCGAUGGAUCUUGGAAGUGCCUACCAAGUAUAAUGAUCCCACCAAGCAAAAGUUGUUUGAUUCUCGAUUCGAUAUCCACAAGAUGAGAUCAGAGAUGGAAGAGCUUAUCACACUCCUUGAGCAACUUGAUUCGCCCGUUGUGUUUUCUCACAACGAUCUGCUGUAUGGCAACAUUAUUUUUGAUGACGAGAAAGAGGAUGCAUCCUUCAUUGAUUACGAGUAUGGCUCAUACGCCUUCCGAGGAUUUGACAUUGGCAACCACUUUAAUGAAUUUGCAAGCUUUGAUUGCGAUUAUUCAAAGUAUCCCUCCAAGGACUUCCAGCUUCAGUGGUUUGAAUGGUACUUGACAGAGUAUAAUGGAGUCAAACCAUCCCAACAAGAGCUUGAACAUGUCUACCGAGAAGUUGAAGGGUUCUCACUGGCAUCUCAUUAUUAUUGGGGUUUGUGGGCACUCGUUCAGGCCACCAUCUCGGAUAUUGAUUUCGAUUAUCUCAACUAUGCCAUCCUUCGUUUCAACGAGUAUGAACGUCGUAAAAAGAACAUUUUCCCUUCCUUGUAG